AUGGCAGAGAAGCGCAAGCUCCUUGCCGAGAUUGAUAAAUGCUUUAAAAAGAUCGACGAGGGUGUAGAGCUGUUCGAGGAAACGAUGGUGAAGAUGCAAGAAGCCAACAGCGACAACCAACGGGAGAAAUAUCAGGAUGAUUUGAAAAAAGAGAUUAAGAAACUGCAACGGUUGAGAGACCAAGUGAAGGGUUGGCAGAAUUGCUCUGAGAUCAAGGACAAAGACAAACUAACGCACUAUCGAAAACUGAUUGAGCAGCGAAUGGAACAGUUCAAAGAUAUCGAACGAGAAAACAAAACGAAGCCGCAUAGUAAACAGGGCCUAAGUGCAGAAGAGAAGUUAGAUCCACGGGAAAAAGAGAAGGCAGAUACUAUCGAAUGGCUGCAGAGCCAAAUUCGUGAGCUCAGUGAUGAAGCUGAUAGAACGGAGUCACAAAUCGAGUCGAUGUUGUCAGUAGAUGCUGGAAAGAGGAGAGGAAAGAAGGAAGACGAGAGAAAGGGUGAAAAGGAGAAGCGGAUGGAGGAGCUAAAACGUCACCUGGAUCGAAUGAAAUUCCACAUGGGCAAAUUAGAGAUAUGUAUGCGAAUGGUGAACAAUGAGUCGUUGGAAUCCAGACGUGUAAUGGAAGUUCUGAAAGAUCCUUUGGAGAUGUAUGUUGAAGCUCUCGAUCCUGAAUAUGAAGGAGAUGCAGAUGAGUUGGAGAAUCUUGAUCCAGAAGACGCUUACGAGGAGUUGGAUUUGGGCGCGCUGAGUGCUCAAAUUGGUGGCAUUCAGAUUAACUCACUGGACGAAGAAAAGGAGAAUGGUGAAGGGUUGAUUACAAUAUUCCACAUAUCCAUAACAGUUCCAUUAUUUAGGGAUGGAUCAGCAGAAAGUGGACAGUUGUGCUCUUUGGGUGCGAUGAACCAGGCUACACCACCACCGCCACCACCUGGAAUACCGUAUAAUAGUGUUGCCGCAGGACGUAUAGUUGUUUCAUCUUCGGCUACAAAUUCUUGCGCAUCAGGAGCGUCACCGUUCGCAUUUGUUCAGGCCCACAUUCCGGCCUGGCUUGGCGCAUCACCACUGGGUCGUACACCGACAACCAACGAGAUGGAUAUACAGCUCGCUGCGCUGGAAGCCUCCCUUGCACGUACGCCUUUACCGAUGGAUAGUGAACGGCCACGAACCUAUCUACCAAAAAUUCCCUGUCCUUGCGCAUCCUACUAUCCUCAGGUAUCUGCGCAAAAUGUCGAUACUCUCGAGUACUAUUUAAGGCUGAGCCCGGAAACCUUGUUUUUCAUUUUUUAUUAUAUGGAGGGAACACGGGCACAGUUGUUAGCAGCAAAGGCAUUAAAGAAGUUGUCGUGGCGCUUUCAUACCAAGUAUCUCACGUGGUUUCAACGGCACGAGGAACCGAAGCAAAUCACGGAUGAUUUUGAGCAGGGAACUUAUGUGUACUUUGACUACGAAAAAUGGUCACAAAGGAAAAAGGAGUCGUUUACAUUCGAAUAUCGAUACCUUGAAGAUAAGGAUUUCGAGUGA